ACUUCACCGAGAGGGCUCAUUCAUCACACGUGCGCUGCCCAAGCCGCGUUAAAUCAUGGCGGAUAAAGCACGCGGCAUAAAAGAAUGGAAUUGUGAAGGAGGCUCCGUGAGACGAGGUACGAGUUUGAUUGACAGCUAAAAGUCCUGGGGAGAAAGAACUGCAUUCGACUUCUUGCUUCCUGUACUGUCCCACACAUUUGAGAGGAGGACCUUCAGACAGGUUUCUUCAUUCCAUUUGAAGCAUCAGCAGAUAGUCCCGUGAAACAGCCUUAGCCCGACCAUCUUUCCCCGUACAUGGAGACCCCCAGCUGGGCAGGUAACGCGUUGUGCAAGUCGGGAAGUAUCGGCGUCUUCGGGAACGUGGUGUACAGCGGACUGCUCAACGACCACCUGUGGCAUCUGGGAGUGCCGCUCUUCACGAGACUGGGUAACCAAGAGGCCGCCAACCCCGCGGACGCCAUGACCCAGCCCUACACUGCGGCCCAGUAUCCCCCACCCCCACAGAACGGCAUCCCUGCUGAGUUCGCCGCACCUCACCCGCUCUCCACGCCUGACUACAGUGGACAGAGCCGCGUGGCCGAGCACGCCAUGACGCUGUACACGCCCACGCCCACCCACAGUGAGCCGGCGCCGGGCACCGAUAGCAGCACGCCCAGCAUCGCCGCCCCUGCGUCCGCACCGGUCAGUGUUGCUCAGCACCUGCAAACACUCUUCUCCACAGGCCGCCAGCAACAGACGGACGACGUGACGCACACGGACACCUCGCAGCACUCGGACUCAUCGGAGAAGCAGCAGCCAAAACGGUUACACGUGUCCAACAUUCCCUUCCGCUUCCGGGACCCCGACCUUCGGCAAAUGUUUGGGCAAUUUGGGAAGAUCUUAGACGUGGAGAUCAUCUUUAACGAAAGAGGGUCCAAGGUGAACAACGCCACUGCGCGAGUGAUGACAAACAAGAAAGUGGCAAACCCGUACACGAACGGGUGGAAGUUGAACCCGGUGGUGGGCGCCGUCUACGGUCCCGAACUGUACGCUGUCACAGGUUUCCCAUAUCCCGCCACAGGCGCCACCGUUGCCUACAGGGGUGCCCACUUGCGAGGUCGGGGGCGGGCGGUUUACAACACGUUCCGCACGGCCCCGCCGCCGCCGCCCAUCCCGGCUUACGGAGCGGUGGUGUACCAAGAUGGCUUCUAUGGUGCUGAAAUCUACGGGGGAUAUGCAACAUACAGAUUUGCCCAGCCCGCCACCACAGCCGCUUACAGUGACAGCUACGGCAGAGUCUAUGCAACGGCCGACCCCUACCACCACACGAUCGGCCCCGCCGCCACGUACAGCGUGGGAACCAUGGCUAGCCUUUACAGAGGAGGCUACAGUCGCUUCACGCCCUACUAAAACAACCAAAGAACACGCAAACACACAAAAAAGAACUCUUACAAAAAAUGUUUUUAAAGGAGACAAACGUAAAUGAGCUGGCUUUUCUACCACCGCCUUCUUUUUAACACACGCUUGUCUGAAUUAGUUAUUGUCUGUUUUUUUAUUUAUUGUUGUUGCUCUUUGUUUACAAUGCUUACAUUCUAGUGUUCGCUACAUAGCUUGACUAUAAAUGAUCAUUUUUAUUGUGCUUGGAAUAAUGUAUGAUGGAACAAAGAUUUUUUUGUCUUUCUUUUGCAUUUGUAAAUUAAUAUGCAAAGAUCUGCCACUGAGAACUGGAGUGGACUAAUUUAAUUUUUGUCAUUUUGCAGAAACAUGAUUUUCAGUUUUAUGGCUGCUAUGCCAAUGAUGAACUCAUCUGGAUACUUUUUACAGACAAAUUUUAUAUGUUAAAUUGAAUGAUUUUGGACUUAGGCGGCACAGUGGAUAAGCUGGUAAAACGUUGGCCUCACAGUUCUGAGGUCCCGGUUUCGAUCCCAAUCCCACCUGUGUAGAGUUUGCAUGUUCUCCCCGUGCCUGUGUGGGUUUUCUCCGGGCACUUCGGUUUCCUCCCACAUCCCAAAACAUCCAACAUUAAUUGGACACCCUAAAUUGCCCCUAGGUGUGAUUGUGAGUGCGGCUGUUUGUCUCCAUGUGCCUUGCGAUUGACUGGCAACCAGUUUAGGGUUUACCCCGCCUCCUGCCCGUUGACAGCUGGGAUAGGCUCCAGCACUCACCGCGACACUCGUGAGGAUAAGUGGCAAAGAAAAUGGAUGGAUGGAUGGAUUUUGGACUUGGACCAUAUUGUAUAUUCAUGUUGGUUAAUAUGACUUGCAGUUUUAUCCACAAUUAAAGUAUUUUCGUUAUCUUUACUUUUAUAGGUUGUGUCCUGGCCAUUCUAAAUCUACAUUUUCCUUUUUUUUUUUAGUGUUAGGUGCAUUGCUGGCCCAAGUCUUUGAUUUGAAGUUUAUUUUCUGUGAUGCAUUUGCGUAAGGUGAAGUCUUCUUUCAGGCGCGUCGUCCAGUAUUGCACUGAUGCUUCAGUAAAAGUGCAAUAAAGGACUACCCCUCUAUGUCAAAGUUAGAACUAAAGCUUAAUGACAAAAAGAGGGGGCCCAAUCUAGUUCCCAAUGGUUUACAUGUACACACGUUGAUUUAUGAUCAGUGUUCCACAGCCCUGAUAAGCUGAUAACAUUUAUGAAUCCACCUUAAAGAUUUGUAUUUAUUAAAAAAUAUGUAUAACUUGCAAAACAGCUACAAUGUACAGCAAUGUAGCUACAAUUGUAUAUAAACAAUACAUACACAGAGACGUGUUUUAUAUAUGUAUUCCUAUAUAAAGUGUGCUUACAAGUAUGUGUGUACAUCAAGGAGAAGAUACUGUCACAUUUUAUUUUCAAGUUUUAAAAAAGAAUUACGUUAUUCAUAUUUUGUUGUCAAUAUACAGUAUGACAAAGUAAAGUGUGUUAGAAUAAAGCAGUUAUAAGAAG